AUGGAAGCACCGCAGGAAAGCCAGGGGCUGGUCAUGUGGUUACAUGGUUUGCAAUCCUGUGGAUGCCACAUUAAGAAGAUGCUGAUCAGCACCAGGAUACUGAAGACUCUGCCCUGGGUGCAGUGGAGGUUUCCUGAGUCAGAUGUUGGCGAGUUGUCAAUCCUUCCUGGCCAACGCAUGAAGAGCUGGUUCGACCUGCCGGAGCAGCCAAUUAUGGAAGCACGCUCCCAUCGCGGAAUGCAAGAGGCUGUGGACCGUGUUCACGGGCUGCUCUACGAAGCUAUAGAGCAAGGAUUUGUUGCUGAUCGCAUUCUACUUUGUGGCUUCAGUCAAGGCGGAGCGCUAGCUCUACAGGCAGGACUAACAUUCCCAAAAGCUCUGGCUGGAAUCUGCGCCGUGGCGAGUUGGACUACAGCAGAUCUUCCUUAUGCUACCGAGAAGAACACUCUGCCCAUCUUGAUGUGCCAUGGUAGCGACGAUGUUAUGGUUCCCAUUGAAGUCGCAAGAAAGAGCUGUAAAUCGUUGGCGAUGAGGGGCUAUAGCAAAGUCAACCUUGUGACAUUCAAGGGGUUGCGUCACCAGCUCAUCUCCCAUGUGCUGGAAGAGACCCUGGAGUUCGUGAAGCAACUUCUUCCGUGCUGCUCUGCUGAGCUGGCAGCAGCCGUCCCUUUGAAAGACUUGAACGGAUGCUUGAUUUGGCUGCAUGAUGCCACUGUUGUCGGAGAAGUUGACGAAGCCCUGAUGACUGAUAGGACAAGCAAAGUUCUUCCACUUGUCCAUUUGCAGUUAGUGCAGCUCUCUGACAAGGAAGCAGUGAAGGACGGCUUGUCCCUUCUCUCUGUUGUCACCGCCCAGCUGCAGAAAGCAAAGUCUGCUGGUUUUGCCGCUGAAAGGACGGUUCUGGGUGGCUUCGGAGCAGGCGGCACUGCAGCGUUGCUGACUUUGCCUCGUGCUGGCCUUGCAGGCCUUGUGUGCAGCUGUGGAUACGCAUCGAGUGGGCUGCCUCCGCAAGUUUCGACAGGAGAGGACGAGCUCAUCGUGGUUCUUCAUGGCCUGGAGGACGAUGUCGUUCCGAUUGAAGUUGCUCGCGAGCAGUGGCAGGUGCUGGGAUCGAGAGGCUACCGCGGAGUUGCGUUCAAUGCCAUGAAGGGCCUUCGCCAUGAGUUCACCAUGGGACUCUGGCAAGAUGUUCUUGAAACGGUGGAGGCCAUACUCGGAGUAGGAGCAGACGGCUGUGCUGGCCGUGCGCCGCAAGGCAUUGCUUGA